AUGGAGAGCUUCUUCUGUCCGCCUUUCAGCACCUUCCAGAGCUUCAGGGGCAGCCUGACACCGAGCCGCAGCAGGGACCUGGGGGCGAAGCAGCCCAGCUGGAAGCAGCACAAGAGCAGCGCCAUCAGCCCCUUCCUGGGGGGACCCCUCGCCCCCCUGCCCCCAGACUACCUGGACAGCUGCCGCCGGGCCCAGCUCCAGGCCCUGCUGUCACAGGUGAGCCCGGGGCUGGUGCCGCGGCUCCGCCGGGCCAGCACGAAGGAGGUGGGCGUGCAGGUGAGCCUGCGGGCCGAGGUGGCGGUGCAGUGCUCGCUGGGGCCGCGCACCCUGCCCGUGGGCCGCCCCCUCAGCCCCGCCGCGGCCCUCCGGCCCCGGGGCCGCAUUGCCCUCUACUCGCCCGUGCCGGACCGUCGCCUCUUCACGCUGCCGGAGGUCAAAGGACCCCAGGAAAAGGAGGAAAAGGCGCCCGGAAAGGACCCCCGGGAGCAGAAGGCGGAGGACGGUGCCAGAGGGCAGGAGGAGGGGCAGGCAGAGGAGGCGGCGAGGGAGGAGGCCGCAGCCCCCAGGCAGCGGGCGGCCUUCCAGUUUCUGGAGCAGAAGUAUGGCUACUUCCACUGCAAAGACUGCAAGACCAGAUGGGAGAGUGCUUAUGUGUGGUGCAUUUCUGGAAGCAACAAGGUGUACUUCAAGCAGCUCUGUCGCAAAUGCCAGAAGAGCUUCAAUCCCUAUAGAGUGGAAGCAAUCCAGUGCCAGACCUGUUCAAAAACUCGUUGUUCCUGCCCUGAGAAGAAAAGACACAUUGAUAUCAAGAGACCUCAUCGCCAAGAGCUGUGUGGCCGCUGCAAAGGCAAGAGGCUGUCCUGUGAUAACACUUACAGCUUCAAGUACAUUGUCUGAUCCAUGUGCUCUCUCUUGUUAUGUGUUUUGUACUGUGUUGGUCUCCUGCAAUUUUGUGACUUUAGGUUUUUGACCUGGCAUUGGAAAAUGGAUAAAGACUUUUGUAUUAUUUAUAAAGUACAUAACUUCAUUGUAUAUAUGGUGUGAAUAAAGUUCAAUAAAAGUUUGCACUAGUGUGUUACCCCUUAGUUUCAUCUUGAUGGGAUGAAAGAGGAAAGCUAUCUGGAAGGAAAUGGAAUGCAUUUGAUUUCCUAAAGAAAAUAAAUUUUGUUUUCAGUCUGCCUUUAGGGAAUACUGAGGUUAUAAAACCAUGCUAGCAAAUUUUUCCUUUGGUUGAUUAAACUGAAGCUAGUGAUGAGGAUGCAAAUGUUCUGGAGCAUAAAGUUUGGGAUAAAUGCAUUUAGCUGCAAGUGCCUCUUCUCACUGCCUCUGUAAAAUGUAUAGA